AUGCUUUACUAUUCUUAACUUUCCACUUAGCAUUAUAUACUAUUGUUAUUAUUUCAUCAUUGCUAUUUAUUGCUUGAUAUUUUACAUUCAUUUUAUUAAUAAAAUCUUAACUAAGUUCGCAUUAACAAUAUCCUAUUUUAUCAAAAAAGAUUUACUUUUAAAGUCUUAGGAUAAAGAACCAAGAGAGUCCAUCACUUAGAGAAUGAGUUAACCUGUCAUUAAAUAUAAAUUCUUAGUAACUUUGCUCAUAAGCAAUUAGAAGAUAAUUUAAGACCAAAAGGACAUAGCAAAGAGAUGAUAAAGUUACUAGCUGGUAUACUAAGAUAUAAUAGAAAUCUGCAUACUUGGAUAUUAAUAUUGGUAUGCAAUAAAUUCCGAUUUAAACGAAUUAAAAUAUUAUAAACAAUAAUACUCCCCAUUUUCCAAAAUUCAAAUUAUUGCAACGAAUUAAAUCAACUUGUAAUCUAAUGA